UUCUCGUCAUGCAUCACCAGAUUAUAGUAGAAGACUUCUUAAAAACACUUUGGGAAGUAGAUCAAGAUACAAAGAGAAAAUAUACAAAGGAAGAAAAACAAUGCGAAAAAUUCUACGAAGAAAGUUACACAAGAGACAGUAGCGGCAGAUACAUUGUCAGACUCCCUUUCCGUACAAAAGAACCUAUAUCACCGGGUGGAAAUACAAGAGAGAUAGCAAUGAAGCGAUUAAUUCAACAGGAAAAAAGACUGCAACAAACACCAGAGUUCAAGAAAGAAUAUGAUGAGGUACUAGAAGAAUAUUUAGUAAUGGGACACAUGACAGAGAUACCAAUAGAAGAAAUCAGCAAACGUUCUGUCUAUCUACCGCAUCACGCCGUCAUAAGAGCUGAUAAAGAAACGACUAAAAUCAGAGUAGUAUUCGAUGCGUCUUGCAAAUACAACAACGGUGUAUCUUUAAAUGAUGAGCUUAUGACAGGACCCGUAUUGCAAGAAGAUAUGAGGAGCAUAUUUAUGAGAUGGCGGAUGCAUAAGAUAUGCUUCGCAAGUGACGUUAUAAAGAUGUAUAGAAUGAUUAGGUUAGACAAACGAGAUACCGACUACCACAGAAUACUUUGGCGUCGCAAAAACAUACAAUCAGAAGUCAGUACGAAAUCAGAAGAAAAUAUACAAACAAACAGAGAGGACUCUAGCAAUCUUGCGGAAGUCAAGGAUUACAGAUUAAAUACAGUCACAUUUGGGACAGCAUCUGCCCCAUACCUCGCAGUUAAAACGUUGAUGAAGCUUGCAGAAGAUGAGGGCCACCUCUAUUCAGAUGCUGCUAAGAUAAUUCGAGAAGAUUUCUACGUAGACGAUUUGAUUUCGGGUUGUGACACUGCAGAAAAAGCAAUAGACAUCAGCAAGCAAAUAAUUACUAUCCUUCAACGAGGCGGUUUUGAACUCCAGAAAUGGGCUUCUGACGAUAACAAGUUUUUGAAAUCUAUAGAUGCGAGUAAAAUCACAACAAAAGCGAAUCUAGACAUUAAAUUAGACGGCAUCAUUAAGGCUCUGGGUUUGUCAUGGAAUUUCGGAGAAGACGAAUUUCGUUACCAACUCCAAUUAGAACCGAUAGCAUCAACCAUUACAAAAAGAACAAUUCUGUCAGAUUUACAAAAAAUAUUUGACCCACUGGGGUGGAUAGCACCAGCCAUAGUUACUGCAAAGAUUCUAGUACAAAGACUGUGGCUAGAAGGAGUGAUUUGGGACCAAGAAAUCGUAUAUGAAUUGAGAAAUGAAUGGAAGCUUAUUAGAGACGACUUCAGAAAUGUUAAUGAGAUAGUAAUCAAACGCUGGAUGAACACUAUAAGCAAUGAAAAAGAACAAGUCACGUUACAUGGAUUCUGUGAUGCAUCAGAGAAGGCAUACGCAGCUGUAGUAUAUUGUCGUGUAAAAACAAAAGAUGAAGAGAUAAAAACACAUCUUGUCGCUGCGAGAACGAAGGUAGCUCCAGUAAAAACAAUUUCUCUGCCACGGCUGGAAUUGAAUGGAGCAGUAUUACUAUCAAAACUACUACAAAACGUUAGCCAAGCUAUGAGAAUACCGGCUGAAAAUGUAUUUGCCUGGACCGAUUCGACAAUCGUCUUAGCAUGGCUGUUUGGAGAACCAAAUCGGUGGAAGCCGUUUGUGGCAAAUCGAGUCGUAGAAAUCCUGGAACAAACAAAUAACAGCCAAUGGUUUCAUGUUCAAUCGUCGCAUAAUCCAGCUGACAUAGCAUCAAGAGGUUUAUCUGUAGCGGAAUUAAAACACAAAAUGUUAUGGUGGAAGGGACCUAACUGGCUAAUGAGUGACCCUAUCGAACUUAUCAGACCUCCAACAUUAUCCAUAGAUAUAGAAAAAAAGAAGACUGUAAGCUCUAACGUUCAUGUAACAGAAGGCGAAGAAAAAUGUAUUAAAUUUGAAAAUUAUGACUCUCUCACGGAGCUGUUAAAGGUAAUAGUUUAAUGUAAGAAAUUU